AAUAAAAAUGGCAGCGCUCAUGAGCAUUUUAUUACCAAAUUGUUUGGGGCGAAAUGCAAAGUUUGGAAAUCUCACCUACACAUAGGCCUAAACUUUUUCUUUGCGAUAAAACUAGUUAACAAACUGCAAUGGAGUUUACUGGAUCCUGUAUUCGCGAUGUAAACAAAUGUUGUAGAGGUCGCAGAUCUGGAAACAAAAUGUUAAUUUUGAUGUGCGCCUCCAGCUCAGCCCUUCUGGUUGUUUUCAUUACCAUUUGCAUCAAUGACACAACCAGUCACAAUACAAAGGUCCUACCCUGUGACCCAAACCUAUCCCCACCCCAGGGCCAAGCCAGUAAGAAGCAUCUAUCAGCAUUCCUGGUGAUACUGGUAAUGAGCGGGCCGCAGAUGGUUGAACGAAGGUACACAAUCCGUGACACGUGGUUGCAGAACCACGGGGAAGACGUCUUGCCGCGAUUUGUCAUAGGAACGUCUGGGCUGUCUUCUUCCGACAUGGAGACAUUGAAUUUGGAGCAAAAACAGUACUACGAUAUGCUUUUCCUUUCAGAUCUGAAGGACUCCUUUGACUUGUUAUCAUCCAAACUUCUUAAGAUGCUAGUUUGGUUAGACCGUACAGUAGACUUCCAGUACUUGCUGAAAGUAGAUGAUGAUACCUUUGUGCGGUUAGAUGCCCUGGUUGAGGAACUCAAGACUAAGUCUAGGGUCCGCCUGUAUUGGGGUUUCUUUGACGGCCGUGCCCAUGUCCACAAGAGUGGCAAGUACAAGGAAACGGACUGGGUUUUGUGUGACCGUUACCUACCCUUUGCAGUUGGUGGCGGUUACGUCUUGUCCUCUGAUCUGGUAGGUUUUGUGGCCCAAAGUGCCCCACUCUUGAAGAAGUACCACGCCGAGGAUGUUUCUCUGGGAUCCUGGCUGGCACCGAUUGAUGUGCGACGGGAGCACGACCCACGAUUUGACACCGAGUACAAGUCUCGAGGCUGCCGCAACAGCUACCUGGUCACACAUAAGCAGAGCGUGCAGAACAUGCGGGGAAAAUACCUGCAGCUACAAACGAUCGGCCAGAUGUGCUCCAAGGAGCAGCAGUUUAGGUUGUCAUACACCUACAACUGGGACAAGCCACCUACAGAAUGUUGUGAACGUGUUGAAGGUGUGCCAUGACAAAUCCAUGUAAAUGCCUCAUUUUUUUUGUGUGGAAUAAAUUUCAUUUUCUUGAGAGAAGAAUAAACUGGAAGAGUUAAAUGAUUGCGGUUGCAUCAAAAUCUUUCUUCAGUAUGUGUGGUUCUGAGAAGAACCGGGGAAUAACUCGACGUUUCGAACAGUGAAGACGG